UGUGAGAUUAAAAAUAGAUUUAUUUUGUGUUUCACAGUUUUACAAAAACAGAAUAAUGGACAGAAGGGACGGAUCUUCAAACUGCAAACUGUGGUUCUUUAUGCCUUUUAUGUUAGCAGACUGGAUAGCUAGGCAGCAAGCUAGGCCAGUAGGCCUAGAAAAAAAUGUAUUCAAGUGUUUGGAAGUUGCUUUUUCUGAAGUCAUUCAGUGUCACGUUGAAGAUAAAUAUAGCUGGACUCUAUAUAAAUCAAGCAUACAUUGGGGCUUUACAGUGUAGUCGGCGGUGGCAGUGCACCAUAAUACAGACAUCACAUCCAAAUCAGAAAAGCACAACAGAGCAGCAGGAUGAUCAGUUCUGGAAAGGUGAUCAAGUUGUUCUAUGAUAUUUCCUCUCCUUACUCCUGGCUGGCAUUUGAGGUACUGUGUCGGUACAAACAUAUCUGGAACGUCGAACUCAAAUUGAAACCGGCAUAUUUAGCAGGCGUCAUGUAUGGCUCAGGAAACCAGCCCCCUGUGUUAAACCCUAGUAAGCUCUUGUACAUGACUUCAGAUCUGACGCUGCUGUCUCAGUACUUUGGGGUUCCAAUGUAUCGACCAUCAAAACUUAUCAAGAAAGACUCUGUGAUUCCGAUGCGUUUUGUGACCGCUGUAGCAGAGAAGGAAAAAGAUGGUGAUGAUCUGGUGGAGAAGGUGUCUAGGGAGCUCUGGAAACGAAUGUGGAGCACUCAUCAGGACAUAGUCCAGCCUGCCUCACUCACAGAGGUGGGAAUAAAGGCUGGUUUCUCAGCCAAUGAAGUAGAGGAUAUUCUGAUCCUUGCUAAAUCUCAGCAAAUCAAAGACAAGCUGACAAGUAUCACAAAUGAAGCUCUGAAAUAUAAAUGCUUUGGUUUACCAUUCAUUGUGGUUCAGGUUGACGGAAAGGCUGGGGUCUUCUUCGGUUCAGACAGAUUUGAGCUUAUGGCGUAUUUUCUAGGUAAGUUUAUGUUUAUGGGUGCAUGCAAGCACUGUGGAGUGCUUGAAAACAGUAUACUGUCACUCAGGGCCCUAUCAUAUACCAAGCACAAAAAGCCGCAAGACGUGUUUCCAUGACGUGUUGCUAUUUUCAGAUCAAUGCAACCUUGAUUUUCCUGUUUUUAGCCAUGUUGUUUAAAUAGCAAAUCCAUUUGCAACACUUUGUGGACUUAUGGGU